AAAACAAUUAAGAACAUGAACUAACUGUCAGCUCUGAACACAGAAGGAGAGGACCAGACCUAUUUCUGGCAAACAUGAAGUCAGACCUCUGGUAUUUCUUUGUUUUCUGCUCCCAAAUCGAACUUCUAACAGGAGAAAUCAAUGAUUCUGCCAAGUUUGAUAUGUUUACAUUUCACAAUGGAGGUGUACAAAUUUUAUGCAAAUACCCUGAGACUGUCCAGCAGUUUAAAAUGGAGUUACUGAAAGGGAGGCAAGUACUCUGUGAUCUCACUAAGAUAAAGGGAAGUGGAAACAUGGUGUCCAUUAGGAAUAUGAAAUUCUGCCAAUCUCAGUUAUCCAACAACAGUGUCUCCUUUUUUCUAAAUAACUUGGACAGUUCUCAUGGCAGCUAUUACGUCUGCAACCUAUCAAUUUUUGAUCCUCCUCCUUUUCAAGAAAAGAUUCUUAGCAGAGAAUAUUUGCAUAUUUAUGAAUCACAGCUUUGUUGCCAACUGAAGUUCUGGUUACCCAUUGGAUGUGCAGUUUUUAUUGUUGUGUACACUUUUGGAUGCUUUUUUAUUUUUUGGUUUACAAAAAAGAAGUACGGAUCCAGUGUGCAUGACCCCAACAGCGAAUACAUGUUCAUGGCAGCCGUGCACACAGCGAAGAAAACCAGACUUGCAGAUGUGACCUCAUAAUCUCUGGCACCCAGGCAUGAACCACAUUGGUUGGGGGACCAACUUUGAAGUACAAGAUGCCUUCAUUUCCUGGACCACCGAGAAUCCGACAGUUUUUGACGACAUAUUAUCUUCUGUUGAUGUUUUGUUCAAUCUGGAUCAGUGACUCUAUCAGUGGAGAGUGAUUUUAACAGACUGCCUCACUAUUGCUGGGUUCACUCAAAACAAACACCCUCUCGCAACUGGCCUUAUAGAAGGCCCUGCUCAUGUGUGCUCGACAAACAGACCACAUUGGGAUAGAGUCCCUGCCUCUCUGCAUCUGCUCCUAGCAAUGCACCAGCUAGUAAAACAAAUGCAUCUAAAAAAAAAAUUCAAGAUGCCAAGGG